CUCUCUUCACUUCACUUCCAAACUUCAUUGUCAACUUAUACGCCGAUGGGAGAACCUUCUGACCCUUCUUUAUUAGACCGUAUCCGUUCAUGGGCGAGACACCACGCCUCUGAGCGUUCAAAGCAAAACAACAACAGCCAGGUUACGCCACAGCGCAGCUUGAGCCCUAUCCUACCCACCACCACCCGAGAUCUGCCGAACGCGGAGAAGGCUGGACCCUCUGGCCUCGAAAACCAUAGCCAUGUCUACAACAACACAAGUCACCAUGACAGUUCCACCUUCAACAAUACCGCAGAGAAGACGGCCUCUUCCCUGCCCGGCCCAGCUCCUCCUCCUGAACACGUCAAGUCGGAACAUGCAUCACCGAACCAACCCACCGUAGGAGGUGAAGAUGGCACCGACCAUGUGCCUGCACCCAAACCUUCAGUCGUCAACAGAGCCAAAGCUGGCACUGUCAGAUUUGGCUACCACACCUACGAUGCCCUCACCCACAGCUGGAUCAACCUCCUCCUCGUCUUCGUCCCUGCUGGCAUCAUCGCUAAGGCCCUUGAUGUGAAUGCCUCAGUCGUCUUCGCCCUCAAUGCUGUUGCCAUCAUCCCAUUGGCCGGCAUGCUGGCAUAUGCGACCGAGGUCGUUGCCUCACGCUUGGGCGACACAUUGGGUGCUCUGAUGAACGUCUCCUUCGGCAAUGCCGUCGAGCUCAUCAUCUUUAUCAUUGCUCUGGUCAAGAACGAGAUUCGUAUCGUCCAGGCUUCGCUAGUUGGUUCAAUCUUGUCCAAUCUUCUGCUCAUCAUGGGCAUGGCUUUCCUACUCGGUGGCCUCAGGUUCCAAGAGCAGAUCUACAACAGCACCAUUACUCAGAUGAGUGCUUGUCUUCUCAGUCUGAGUGUCGUGAGUCUGGUUUUGCCUACUGCCUUCCACGCCUCCUUCUCGGACAGCCAGACUGCCGAUGACAGGGUUUUGAAGGUCAGCAGAGGUACCAGUGUCAUUCUGCUCAUCAUCUACGUUCUGUACCUGCUCUUCCAGCUCAAGUCGCACGCAUACCUGUACGAGAGCACACCGCAGCAGAUCAUCGAUGAGGAGUCCCACCCUGGUAUUUUGGCCGAUAUGCUCGGCUCUUCCAGCUCCUCUGACAGCUCGAGCUCCUCAAGCUCCUCUGACUCGGACACUUCUGGCUCGCACACAACAUCGAAGCGUAUAAAGCGUGCUUUCAGAAAUCGCAGACGUCGCAAGUCGAGCGCUAGCACCGCCACGACUCCUUCCGUCAUCAGUGCCCCUUCCAUCGAACGUACUGGCUCGCACAACGCCGAGAUAGCCCAGCCCCAGCCUCAGCGUCGUCCUUCUGCACUUGGUGCCAUCAACAGCGGUGACGAGGCUGACACAGACGGCGAACUCGACAUGCGCGGUCACUCUCCUCGCGUCAGAGAUUUUGUCGAACAGCAGCAGCAGUUGCAAUUUCAGGACCCCAAACCCGAUACUCGAAGACAGAAGAAGAAGCACAAGAAAAAGCACCAUCACAAGCGCCACACUAGCAACGAUGAGAAGCAAUCCAUCGAUGAGGGCUCUUCGAUCCGCAAAUUGGGCAAACAACCUGCAAAGGACUACAACUCGCCCAAGGUUGGCUUCUCUGACGAUAUUGGCUAUGCUCCUGACGUCGAAACCGAUUCGCCUAGAAAGCCUUUCGGUAUCCGUCAGCUCUCCUCUCGUCAAGGCUUCCGUCCUACCUUCCCCAAAAUGCUCUCGCAAAACGUCUUCGUCACUCCUCCACCCUUGUCCGGUUCUCCAGUCCCAGGUGUACCAAUGACGCCUCGUUCCGGAGUGGGCGCUCUACGUAGAACUAGCUCUUUGCCCGAUCGCCUCAACCGUCAAAACACCCCCUCGUCACUUCGCCAGGAGAAUCUUCCUCCUUACCCACGUGAUCCAGACGCAGAACAGGAGGACGAGGAAGAGGCACCGGAGAAGGCUAAUCGCAUGUCUCGCACUGCUGCCGUCGUUCUUUUGCUCUUCUCUACUGCUCUCGUCGCCGUCUGCGCCGAGUUCCUGGUCGACGCGAUUCCAGAGAUGAUUGAAGCAACUCCAGUCAGCCAGGCCUUCAUCGGUCUGAUCAUUCUACCCAUCGUCUCCAAUGCCGCUGAGCACGUCACGGCCGUCACUGUUGCCGCCAAGAACAAGAUGGAUCUUUCCAUUGGUGUCAGUGUUGGCAGCAGUAUCCAGAUCGCCUUAUUCGUCACUCCUCUUGUGGUCAUUCUCGGCUGGAUCAUUGGUCGCGACAUGUCUCUCUACUUCACUCUUUUUGAAACUAUCAGUUUGUUUGUCACGGCUUUCGUCGUCAACUUCCUGGUUCUCGAUGGUAGAAGCAACUAUCUUGAGGGUGCUCUACUCAUUGCAGCUUAUGUGAUUAUUGCCGUCUCAGCAUUCUAUUAUCCCGACGGUGCCGAUGCCAGCUCUCUUGCUGGAUCGAACUAAGCCAUCAAGGCAUACACCUACCUCAUCAGGGGUUGAUUAGGACGAUGGGUUGGAGGCGGAGGAGGAUUGAUCAGAUUGAGACGUUUUUUACGAAGUUUGUUUAACGAGUCAACGAUUUGGACAGGUUUAACUGGAUCCGCUCCUUUUUUGUCCCCCCUUUCCAUACAAUCAUAUUCACAUUGUUUCUUUAUAAUGGC